AUGGACGGGAACGGAUCUCUCUAUGUCGCUGACAAUGGAAAAGAUGAAGUGAGACGAUAUGGAAUUGGUGACACUGAAGGAACAGUGGUUGCAGGUGGAAAUGGAAGUGGAAAUCGUCUCGAUCAAGUCUCUAACCAUUUGAAAGUAUUUGUCGAUCGAGAUCAUGCAGUGUACGUAUCUGAUUGUAGAAAUCAUCGUGUGCCGAAAUGGGAAGAAGGUGCAAAACAAGACAUUGUCGUAGCCGGUGGUCAAGGCAAAGGUCCUAUGGGAGUCGUUGUUGAUCAAUUGGGCACUGUCUAA